AUAUCAAUAUGUAUACUACGAUAAAAGUGAAGGAGUCACUGUAGAAUAAGUCAGAAAUUAGAUUUUAACACUUUUUAGUUAAAUGCUAUGACUUUUUAAAGUUGCAAUUGUUUUUAAAUAUUUUCAGCAACUUCAUAGAUUAAGCAUAGUAUACCUUUGCCCAAUGAUAAUAAACUGUUUCAAAGGAUAAUCAAAUAUAUUAAGAAGAAGCAAGAGAGAACAAAACAUAGAAGCAAAGAAACAUAGAAACGAAGGAACAAGGCAACAAGGAAACCCAAAAAAAGAAACAAGGAAACAAAGAAAUAGAGAAACAAAAAAUGUCUCCCUAUGAAUACUUGUUCAAAUACAUAAUAAUUGGCGAUACAGGAGUUGGAAAAAGUUGUCUUUUAUUACAAUUUACAGACAAGCGAUUUCGAGCUGAUCAUGAUUUAACCAUAGGUGUAGAAUUUGGAGCGCGACUAAUAAAUUUAGACAAUAAGCAAAUCAAGCUUCAAAUAUGGGACACCGCGGGCCAGGAGUCCUUUAGGUCCAUAACACGGUCAUACUAUCGAGGAGCAGCGGGGGCCCUAUUAGUUUAUGAUAUUACUCGACGAGAAACGUUCAACCAUCUGAACAGAUGGCUAGAUGAAGUUCGACAGAAUUCAAACCCCCAUAUGGCUAUCAUUCUGGUGGGGAAUAAAUGCGAUUUGGAGAGACGAGAAGUUUCAGCUGAGGAAGGGGCCCAAUUUGCAAGACAAAAUGGAUUAAUAUUUUUAGAAACCUCAGCCAAAACGGCGAAAAAUGUGGAAGAAGCCUUUAUUUACACCGCAAGAAAAAUAUAUGAUAACAUCCUGGAGGAUGUGUAUGACCUAAGCAACGAGUCAUACGGAAUUAAAUAUGGGCCCACCAAUCAAUACUCAAGAGUGAAAUUAGAUAUGCCCUCGAUGCCGGAAUCAAGAUCAUCCUUUGGCUGUUGUUAA